AUGUUCCGCCUCUUCAGUCAAACCAGGUGCUGUUUGCAAGUGAAGCGAGCGCUGCAGAGACAGGAGUGGCUCCUUCGGCCAGCACACCUCACAGCUGCCACACAGCAGGCCAGUUUCUCCACCGUCUCUGUGGAGCACUUGUCUCGGUCGGAUUCAUGGCCAAAGGACGUGGGCAUUCUUGCGCUUGAAGUUUACUUCCCUUCGCAGUACGUAGAACAAGUGGAGCUGGAGAAGUAUGAUGGCGUGGAAGCUGGGAAGUACACCCUGGGCCUGGGCCAGAAGCAGAUGGGCUUCUGCUCAGCCCACGAGGACAUUAACUCCCUAUGCCUGACCGUGGUGCAGCGUCUUGUGGAACGCAGCCGUCUCUCCUGGGACUCCAUUGGCCGGCUGGAGGUUGGCACAGAGACCAUCAUUGACAAGUCCAAGGCCGUCAAGACAGUUCUAAUGCAGCUCUUCCAGGACUCGGGGAACACGGACGUUGAAGGCAUUGACACCACCAACGCAUGCUAUGGAGGCACAGCCUCCCUCUUCAACUCUGUUGACUGGGUGGAGUCCAGCUCCUGGGAUGGGCGCUAUGCAAUGGUGGUCUGUGGUGACAUUGCAGUCUAUGCCACUGGCAAUGCCCGUCCCACGGGAGGGGCAGGAGCUGUAGCGAUGCUGGUUGGACCAGAGGCCCCUCUGGUGCUAGAGAGAGGUGUUCGGGGAACCCACAUGGAACAUGUAUAUGAUUUCUACAAACCAGACCUGGCUUCAGAGUAUCCCAUGGUGGAUGGGAAACUCUCUAUCCAGUGCUAUUUCCGGGCCCUGGAUCAAUGCUAUUCUGUCUACCGCAAGAAAAUCCAGAGCCAAUGGCAGAAAGUGGGGGUGGACAAACCUUUUACCCUGGAAGAAUUCCAGUUCAUGAUCUUCCACACGCCCUUCUGCAAACUGGUGCAGAAGUCUGUGGGGCGAAUGAUGCUCAAUGACUUUCUAGCAGCUCCCAACCCCGACACGCAGAGCGGCCUCUACAAAGGGCUGCAGGCCUUCAGGGGGGUGAAGCUGGAAGACACCUACUCCGACAAGGAUGUGGAGAAGGCCUUUCAGAAAGCUAGCCUGGAAAUGUUCAGCCAGAAAACCAAGCCCUCGCUGCUCCUCUCCUCUCGCAACGGCAACAUGUACACCCCGUCGAUGUAUGGCUGCCUCGCCUCCCUCCUCGCACAAUACUCUGCUCAGCAGCUGGCUGGCUCCAGGAUUGGGGCCUUCUCCUAUGGCUCGGGAUUGGCUGCAAGCUUGUUUUCCAUGCGCGUCUCACAGGAUGCUGCCCCGGGUUCCCCCCUGGAUAAGCUGGUCUCCAGCCUCUCCGACCUGCAGACUCGCCUGGAUGUCCGGAAGCGUGUCCCCCCGGAGGAGUUUGCAGAGAUCAUGAAGCAGAGAGAGAAAAGCCAUCACCUGGUGAACCACACUCCCCAGGGCUCUAAGGACGACCUGUUCCCUGGCACCUGGUACCUGGAGCGAGUUGAUGACAAACAUCGCCGGCAGUAUGCCAGGAGGCCACUCUAGGGGGGACAGGCUGCCAGACCUGCCCAGCCUUGUCAGAGCAGACCCCCAGGCAAUGGCCGAACCACCAACGCAGAGCCUGCAGGCUCCCACUGCACCAGCUGCAAACAUCCUGGCUCCAUUAUCGCAAACAGAAAGACUUGUUCUUCUUCCCAGGGACUGCACGCUCGACUGAAGGGCCCCAUAGAGAUAAUGCAGCCCCACGUGCCUGGUUAGAGCCUCACACCAUUUGCUGUGUCGGUGCCCAGAUUAGGACAUUCUCUGAUGCCAGGCGCUCAGUCCGUCCCUCCCCUUUGGCAUCCCUUUGCUGGAGGAGUACAUUUCUGUAGUGGCAGGGUGAUCACUUCGGUGUGUGAGGAUCACCUCUCUCCCCUUUGGCCAGCUCCAACAGAACUUAAUGGAGCUCAAACCACAGGGUGCUAUUGAAAAGAAAUAAAUUCCAUAAGCCUUCAGAGCAAUGCUGAUAUAGGUUGAACAGAGCCAGAGCCUGUCAGUAGGUUGUUUGAAAUUCUCCUCUAGGAUGGUUUAAAAUUCAAUAGAUUUUUUUUUUGUUCUCUUUCUUUCUUCAGCGCUUUCCCCCACGGGCCCUUAGCUCCUCCCUUCAUAGGUGGUGCUAGCUGUCCUUUGGCUGAACUGACCUAUGAAGAAUGGCUCAGACGAUGUCACUCUGCAGAGUGCUGUACUACCUUCUAUUCCAUAUGCUUUUAUACAUAAAGCCAUUAUGAAAAGCGGGGGCAAACACAGCCACAUCACACUAUGAAGGGAAACCUAUAGGCUGCAGUUAAAUGAGAGGCCCUUGUCUGUGUGGAGGGUGUGACAGUGUUCCUGCCACCAGAGGCAACGAUCCUCUGGUAAGUCUGUUCUUCAGACAGCGCUGUGGAGUCUCAGGUUGUGUGUGUGAGCCCCUAAAAGGGAGGAAACAUGCUGGACCAGUGGGCUGCACAGCUCUGUGCUAGACAGUAGAAUGCUGAGAAGCGAAACUCCUGACUUCUAUUCCUGGCCCGGGGACAGGAGGGUGGCCUAAUGGUUAAAGCGUCUAAGUGCUGUGUUUAACUAUUCUUUGCAUUUAUAUGGUGUCCAUUCUUUAUUGCAUCCUCCAGCAUUUUGUGAUGUUGGCUAUGCAGGAAUCAGUCCCAUUGGAGACCUCACAGUCCAACACAUAGAUUUGGCACAUUCAUUCUGAGAGGCAAUAUGGUUACGUGAAGGAUUCUGGGAUCUGCCAUAUUUGAGAUCUGGAUCUCCCAGGCUUGCAAAAUGGGUAUGGAGGAGAAUGUUCCUGCCCUGUCACUUCAGCUAGCACUAGGAGAUCUUGCUCUGUAAUCAGGGCUGGGCUGUGCAGUGCACACAACUAAUUCCAGUGCCUGGAAGAGCUGCGAUUAGAACUCAGUCUUCUCCAGGCUCACAACCCUGCGCCGCUUUCCCUCAACCAAAGGAUAUGGUGGAAAAAUAAUGCUGCACUUAUCUGUGCAGCUGCUUGGUAAUGAUGCAGGAGGCUCAGUGGGAUUGGGAGCCAGCUCAGUGCACUUAGAAUGCCCGGGAAACUAAGAGCAAGUGUCUAGCAAGUUCUACUGGGCCUGUGCAAAUGGUAAAUUUCUGCAGCCUCUAACUUGAUCACAGCUGUUCAUGAGAAUUUGAAGCAGCACCUCUGAGUGCAUGAUUAGCCCCUGGCCCAACUGUCAUGCUCCUCCACCAAGGGAUGGUGAUGCUCAAGGGAGUUUAAAACGUCUACAUAUAUUAAGAGGAAGUGGGAAGAUUUUUAAACCUAAUUGUGAAAGGAUGACAAUUUUUUUUUUUUUUCCAAAAAAUUAACCAAUGGCAGUGACCAGUUGGGGAAACUUCAGUCUGAGGGGUUAGUUUGAUGAUGUUAUAAACAAAUGAAAACAAGAGGUAUAAUGGAAAAUGUUCUCUAGGGCUGGUGCAGGCUUGCUCCUCCUUGCAGUCUAAUACACAAAAAAGUGCACUUCUGCAGAAUGCCCCCCUCCCCCUUUUUAGGGAUGGGAGAGGCAGAAACACUGUCAGGCCUUCUCUACAGAGCGAGAAAAAGAGGGCUCAGCCCCUCUUGCAGAUCACCUUAUGCAUGUGUUCUGCAGUAGAUGCACUCGCCAGGUUUCCUAAUGGGCCAAACUCUAAUUUUACAGUAGAAUAUGCUGAAGUCCAGCAAAGCGUGAGCUUGACAUGAAAGAGCUGUGUGACAAAUUUGCUAUGGAAAGGGCCAGUUGUUUCUGCGUAAUCUCUCUUGGGGGGAGAGAGAGGAGGUGCCAUGGCCCUCUCACCAUGUUAAAAAUGGGCAAAACUUUUUUCCCUACUCCCGGGGGCGAAAGUAACAAAGGACGUA